AUGUCCAGGAGAAACAAUGCCCAGAUCACGGGCAUGAACGCGCAGCCGCUCGGCCAUUCGCGACGCUGGGGCGGCGGUGGCGGCGAUCAAGCCCCCGGUCCGUACGAUGCGCCGAAGCGCCGGGCGGACGAGCCGCCCCAGCCGCACGGCGGCGACGAUCCGCACGGUGCGCGCAAGCGGCGCUCGCGCUGGGGCGCCGAGCGCUCAGAUGUUGCGCCUGCCGCGAUUCAAGGACCUGUGAGUGGUCAGGACCUCGAUCGGUAUGCGAUCCAGGUGCGCCUUGAAGAGAUCAACCGCAAGAUGCGGACCGGCGAUUACGGCCGCCGAAACAACACGCGCGAGAUGCGGUAUCGCAAGAAGCUCGACGAGGAGCGCAUCCGCCUUGUGGAGCGGCAGAUGAAGAUCGACCCCAUGUUCCGCCCCCCCGCCGAGUACCAGGCGGCGAAGCGGACGAUGCGCCCGACCGAGAAGGUGUAUUUGCCUGUGCGCGAGUUCCCCGAGAUCAACUUCUUUGGUCUGCUGGUCGGCCCCCGCGGCAAUACGCUGAAAAAGAUGGAGAACCAGAGCGGGGCCAAGAUCCAUAUCCGCGGCCGCGGCAGUGUGAAGCACGGCAAAGGCGCGAGUGCGGAGGACGAGGAGGACAUGCACUGCAUUGUUACCGCCGAUACCGAGCGCCAAGUGAAGCUCUGCAUUAAGCUCAUCAACGAGGUCGUGUCCACGGCCGCCUCCACGCCCGAGACCCAAAACGACCACAAGCGGAGCCAGCUGCGUGAGCUCGCGGUGCUCAACGGUACGCUGCGCGACGACGAGAACCAAGUGUGCCAGAACUGCGGCGAAAAGGGGCACCGCAAGUUUGAGUGCCUGCAGGAGCGCAACUGGGGCGGCGGCAUUACGUGCCACCGCUGCGGCCAGCCCGGCCACGUCGCGCGCGACUGCAUGGCGCAAGGAGGCGAGGGCUGGGGGGCGUACGGCAACCAGGUCGACUCGGAGUACGCGAAUCUCAUGGCCGAGAUCGGCGAGGAUCCGUUUGCGCCCCGCGCGCCGAUGGCCGCCAUGCCCGAGCCGCUGCUCAACGAAAAGGGCGAAAAGAUUCCCCCGUGGCGCGACCCGAGCGUGUGGAACGCGCCGAACGCGCGCCCGGAGCAGCCGACGUACGAUGCGCAGUCCGACGCGGGCUGGGGCGCGCGCGAGGCACCGGACGAAGCGCCGCGCGACUACUCUGCCGAGUGGGCCGCGUACUACGCGGCGCAGGCCGCGCAGCAGAGCGGCGAGGCGCAGGCCGCCGAGGGACAGCCCGUGCGCGACUACUCCAAGGAGUGGGAGGAGUACUACCGGCAGCAGGCCCUUGCGCAGGGGCAGCAGCCGGCAGAGCAGGCUAUGUAG